AUGGAUAACAAUGAAAAACGUGAUUUCGAUGCCCUUAGGGAGAUCAUCUCCCGCAUGCCCUUGAAGUUAGUUGUUCAAUAUAAACUUGUAUCAAGGGAAGUUAGAGAUAUGAUUUCUCAUGAUGCUGAAUUUGCCCAAAUUUUGUUCAAACGUCAUAAAGACUCUUCUACCCAACUCAUCUACACAGUAUAUGAUGGGUGGUCAGUACGAAAUAGUUUCUACAAGAUCUCCUUAAACCCAAUCACUCAAUCUGUGUCGACUUUACCCAAUGAAAUUGAGAUUCUGGCCUCAUGUAAUGGUCUCAUUCUCAUUGAUUUUGAACGAGUUAGGCGUUACUGUGUUUUCAAUCCCAUGACUGGAGAGCACCAAUUGAUAGCAUACCCAAAUGUUCCGCCAAAUAAUAUAGAAAGCAUAGGGCUAGCGGUUGAGUACCCAAAGGCAGAUCACUACAAAUUGGUAACCAUCAAUAAGUUGGAGGAAAAUUCCAACUUGUUCUACAAGUUUCGCCUACUUUCAUCAGAGCAACCUGGCUUGUGGCGUGAAAUCCAACUGAGGACCAAUUCUUUCGUAUCAUUAUCUGUUGGUGGUCCACAUGUUUAUUGGGGCGAUUCUCUGUAUUGGCUCAGAAAAGACGGUAGUGUUCUAGCUUUUGAUACUAAGAGAGAAGAGGCUACACUAAUUGACCGUCCUGAGUUUCUUGAUCGUGAUUAUGGUAAAAUUUUCAGUGGUCAGGAUAUAUGGAUAGGGAGGGCGAAAGGUUUACUUACCCUUGUAUGCAUUUUCAGAAUGCACAUAGUCAUUGCUACUUUUGACAGUGCAAACAGAUGUUGGAUGGUUCCCCGCACUUUGGACAACUUCGUUUUAAAUCAGCAAGGCAGUUUUAAAGGCUGUCCAGUCUGGAUCGACAGCAAGCAAGUGUCUUUUCUGGUACAGAAUCCCCAGACACGGCAUUAUGAUCUAUACGAGUAUGAUACUAAUACCAAUGUGUACCAAAAUGCUGCAGUGUUGCACAGCAUCAAUACUCGCAUGUAUUGCUUCCAUCCAACGUUGGCUUCUGUCCAUAGCACACCCGACAAUGAUGUACUGAUUGAUGAUCAGGAUGAUCAGCAGCAUAUUGCUGAAAAUUUGAAUGACAUUAAACUAUUUAUCAUCGAAGGUACCAGUUAG